UCAGGGCUUUGCACAGUAUUCUGUACUCUUUUAUGGUUAUUACAAUAACCAGAGGACAAUUGGAUGGCUCAAGUUCAGGAUGCCUCUUUCGUAUUUCCUUGUUGGAGUUGGGACUAUUGGCUACAGCUUCAUGAUUGUCAUUCGAACAAUGGCAAAGAAUGCAAAUGAAGAAGGUGGUGGGGAUGAUACUAGUUUUAAUUUCAGCUGGAAAAUGUUUACAAGCUGGGACUACCUGAUUGGCAAUCCUGAGACAGCCGAUAAUAAGUUUGCCUCCAUCACAACAAGCUUUAAGGAAGCUAUCGUGGAGGAGCAGGAGAGCCGAAAAGAGGAAAAUAUUCACUUGACUAGAUUCCUGAGGGUUCUUGCUAACUUCUUAGCCCUAUGCACGCUUGCUGGGAGUGGCUACCUCAUCUUUUUUGUUGUCAGAAGAUCCCAGAAAUUUGCCCUGGAAGGUCUGGAGAACUACGGGUGGUGGGAAAGAAAUGAAGUGAACAUGGUUAUGUCACUUUUAGGAAUGUUCUGCCCAACUUUAUUUGAUGUAAUCAGUUCUCUGGAAAACUACCAUCCUCGAAUAGCUCUAAGAUGGCAGCUGGGACGAAUCUUUGCUCUUUUUCUUGGCAAUCUCUACACUUUCAUUAUCGCCUUAAUGGAUGAAAUCAAUCUCAAGUUGGAAGAAGAAAAGAUAGUCAAGUAUAACAUGUCAAUAUGGGAAGCCAGUCUGUACAAUGGUACUAUUCCAGAAAAUUCGACUGCUCCUCCAAUACAGGUGGACCCUGCAGAAGUCCCCAGAGGGCCGUGCUGGGAAACCAUGGUAGGACAGGAAUUUGUGCGGCUGACAGUCUCUGACACGAUGACAACAUACAUCACAAUUCUAAUUGGCGAUUUCUUGAGAGCCGUCUUCGUUAGGUUUUUCAAUUACUGCUGGUGCUGGGACUUGGAGUAUGGAUUUCCAUCGUAUUCUGAGUUCGAUAUAAGUGGAAAUGUGCUGGGACUGAUCUUUAACCAAGGCAUGAUCUGGAUGGGAUCUUUUUAUGCUCCAUGUCUCCCAGCGAUCAAUGUGUUCCGCCUCCACACUUCAAUGUACCUGCAGUGCUGGGCAGUGAUGUGCUGCAAUGUCCCCCAAGAGAGGGUCUUCAAGGCUUCUAGAUCCAAUAACUUCUACAUGGCCAUGCUGCUUUUCAUCCUCUUUCUCUCCACACUGCCUGCAGUGUACACCAUUGUCUCCAUCCCACCAUCUUUUGACUGUGGUCCUUUCAG